ACACACACACACACACGUGUGCGAUUCUCGGCUGCUCCUCCAGCCGCGGUGUCUGUCUUCUCUCGCAGAGACAUCGGCGCCCGCAGUGGAAGUGGGGAGAGCUGCUGCUUGUUCCCUACACCCCCCCCUUUUUUGAUUUUUAUUUUUAAUCUCUCUUCCCCCUUCCCAAUACCCAUAGCAUCCUGGAACACCCCUUUCUGUCGGGUUGCUAGCUGCCAGUCCUGGGGCCUCUCCAUCUCUCUCUCCCCACUUUGGCUGUAGGAGACGAGUUCAGGUUAGCUCCUUCGGGCUGGACACUGACACACUGAACCCCGCGUCCUUCGGCUCAAUGGUUUCUGCCUAAGAGACUUUUCCCUUCUUUUUUUUCCCCUCCCCUUGCCCCCGCCCGACCAAAAAAAAUAUUCAGAAUUCCCCCUCACUCACCCAAUUACCCGGCUCAUAUUUAUGCUGCCACCCUUCUAAGGACUCAUAUUUUCUCUUUUUUACACAAUUUGAGAGGUCAUUUGGUCAUUGUUUUUGGUUUGUUUGCCAAGUUACAUACUUGAUCUGAUUUUUUUUUCUUUAAUCCCCAUCUAUUCUCUAUUUUGAGGAUUUACCCCUUUUAACUCCCCCCUUCCGAUUCUUAAAAAAAAAAAUGCACUACUAUCUCCUAAGCGUUUUCCUGACCCUGGAUCUGGUCACCGUGGCGCUGAGCCUCUCUACCUGCAGCACACUCGACAUGGAUCAGUUCAUGCGCAAGAGGAUCGAGGCGAUCCGGGGCCAGAUCCUCAGCAAGCUGAAGCUCACCAGCCCCCCUGAAGAAUACCCCGAACCCGAGGAGGUCCCCCCGGAGGUGAUCUCCAUUUACAACAGCACCAGGGACUUGCUCCAGGAGAAAGCCAACCGGAGGGCAGCGGCUUGCGAGAGGGAGAGGAGCGACGAGGAGUACUAUGCCAAAGAGGUUUACAAAAUAGAUAUGCCCUACUACUCGGAAAAUGCCAUCCCGCCCACUUUGUACAGGCCCUACUUUAGAAUUGUCAGAUUUGAUGUCUCAGCAAUGGAGAAGAAUGCUUCCAACUUGGUGAAGGCAGAGUUCAGGGUCUUUCGGCCAAAUCCUAAGGCCCGGGUGUCUGAGCAACGGAUCGAGCUCUAUCAGAUUCUCAAAUCCAAAGACUUAACAUCCCCAACUCAGCGCUACAUUGAUAGCAAAGUUGUUAAGACAAGAGCAGAAGGGGAAUGGCUCUCGUUUGAUGUCACCGAAGCUGUGCAUGAAUGGCUGCACCAUAAAGACAGGAACCUGGGAUUUAAGAUAAGUUUACACUGCCCAUGCUGCACUUUUGUACCAUCCAAUAAUUACAUCAUCCCGAAUAAAAGCGAAGAAUUAGAAGCAAGAUUUGCAGGUAUUGAUGGCUCCUUCAGUGAUCUGAAAACUAUAAAGUCCACUAGGAAAAAAAACAGUGGGAAGACCCCACAUCUCCUGCUAAUGUUGUUACCCUCCUACAGACUUGAGUCGCAACAGUCCAGCCGGCGGAAGAAGCGCGCUCUAGAUGCGGCCUAUUGUUUUAGGAAUGUACAGGAUAACUGUUGCCUGCGUCCACUUUAUAUUGAUUUCAAGAGGGAUCUUGGAUGGAAAUGGAUUCAUGAACCCAAGGGGUACAAUGCUAAUUUCUGUGCUGGUGCCUGCCCAUAUCUAUGGAGUUCCGAUACUCAGCAUAGUAGAGUUCUCAGCUUAUACAACACCAUAAAUCCAGAAGCAUCUGCGUCUCCUUGCUGUGUAUCCCAGGAUUUAGAACCUCUCACCAUCCUCUACUACGUAGGCAAAACACCCAAGAUUGAACAGCUUUCCAAUAUGAUUGUCAAAUCUUGCAAAUGCAGCUAAAAAUCCUGGAAGCAGAUAAUGAUGAUCACAAUGAUGACGAUGAUCACAAUGAUGAUGAUGAUGAUUGCGAUGAUAAUGACAUGUGUACCAAGAAAAAAAAGAGAGCCUCAGUUCAUCAGUGUUAAAAAAAAAAAAAGAAAAGAAAAGAAAAGAAAAAGCGGUACUAGUAUGAACACUUUGGAGGUUUGAUUCUUUGUUUUUUAAAACUGGCAUCCGAAGCAAAAAAAAAAAAAGUUGAAGGCCUUAUCCUACAUUUCACCUUCUCUGAUAGUGUGAUAGACAAGAAGCAAGACCUUUUUUUUUUUAAAAAAAAAUAAACACUGGAAAAAUUUGUUUAGUGUUAACUAUGUGAAAGGAAAAAACAGGAAAAUCCCAUCAAGUGGAGUUGUUGUAUGUACCUGUCCUAUCCCAUGCCUCACUUGAUUUCUCUGUAUUGCUAUGCAAUAGGCCCCUUUCCCAUUUCUUUUAGCUGUAGAGUUAACAGUGCAUUAUUUAUUUGUGUGUAACUAUACAAUGAACAUUUCAUGGCCCUCAGAAAGCAAAAACUGGUGGAUGAAGAGGAGAUCAAAUCAAUGGCCAGAAACCUGAGGAUGGAAGGCUUAGGGAACUUGAACUCUUGACAAGCUGGGGGGAAAAUGGAAAAAAAAAAGGCCACAUAGUGGAGUGAAGACUGAAGUCAGUGAUUACAUGACUAAGAAAGUCUGACUUGAGACAAAAAAGGAAAAAAAAAAACCCAAACACGUAUUUCAUAUGCCAGAUGCCUAAGGAAGCUUCUUGUAAGGUUUAAGAUACUGAAAAAAGCUCAUUAAUAAAGGAAAUCUUUAGCCUGAAAGAUAAGUCUGUAAGAUUUUUUUUUUACAAUAAGUGGUUCAAAUGUCAGUUUAGUAAAACUAAUGAAAUGUUGAAAUGUUUUGACAUAUAUUGGUCUAGUCGUCAGACCUUACUUAAUGUGUUGCUGUAUAGCUAUGCUAUGGGAUUUUUUCCUUCUUUUUGGUAUCUAUAACCAUACCUAUAGUAUUACAAUAGGUGGGUAGUAAAGCCAGCUUAAUUGGAAACAUAUCUGUAGAUCUCUAUUGUAAACUAUUAAAAAAAUCAUUAAGUACUUUACGUGUAAUGUGUAAAUUUUCACCAUAUUUUUGUAUUUUGUAAUACUGUCAACUAUGAUAAGUUUGAAUUUAAAUUUGGGGCUCUUUUUUUUGGAUCACCCAGAAUAAUGUGUUUCCCUCUAGCUGGCCAGUAUGAGUAGAGUCCCUAUAUUUUUUACUUGCACUACAAAUACAUGUUUAUAUGAUAUUUGCUAUACAUGUGCUUUGUAUAUUGUUCAGCAUUAUGACAUAAGCUACCUGACUCCACUUGUCUUUUUUUCUUUUACCAAAAAAAAAAAAGAAAUAGAUUCAAGUUCAUUUGUUUUUCCUUCUUUAAUCCAUGGAUAUUAAGACAACAUGGCCUAGUGGAUAAACUUCUGGCCCUGGAAUCAGAAAGACCUGGGUUCAAGUCCAGCCUCAAUACAUUUUAGCAAUAUGGCCCCAGGCAUGUCCUUGAACUUCUGUGUGCCUGAGGCAACUUCCUAGAACUUAUCUACCAAGUCAUAGAUGGGUUACUGUCUACAUUGGUUUAAUGAAAUCACAGAACUUUGUGUCUCCAUGGUUACAGCUGCGAAUUACUAAGCAGUUCAGAUUUUAAAAAGCCCACUCCACAAGUCUUUUAAAAGAUUAUACAAAGAGUUUUAGACAUAUAGAUAUGGUCAGAGUGAAAUGUUUUCCUUAAGGGGCUUAAGGAUCUGCCUGAAGUUGAUGGCUGGGUAAAUAAAUGUCUCUAACUUGGUUAAGUCAAUAUUUUCACUUAUUCCACUUUUUGUAUUGUUUGCAUAAAGGGUAGACAGCUCUAGAAAAUAUCUUUGGUUUUAAUUGGAUUUUGAGUUUUCAGGGGAAAACAAAUUUCAAAUAUUUUUCCUUUAUUUUUAAUUUUUUUUAAAGAAAAAUAAAACCUACAUCAGUAUAGAAAUAGCUAGUUUGGUUUAUUUUGCCAAAGUGAAUAGAUGUUCCAGAUGUUCUUUUAUACUCCAGGAGAAGCUAAAUUCUUCUUUAUUUACAAAUGGAGCCCUAUGGAGUGAGAGUCAUCUCUUUCUUAGGCUUGGAUUGCAUUGGCUCACAUUAACAUAGGUGGCUAGGCCCUUUGGUCAAGACACCUGUAGCUGCAUCUGUAAGUGUCCCAAGCAUUAGUCAGUGGCAAUGGACUGAUAAAGAAACACUGAAAUAAAAUGUGGGAGGUGAUAUUAUGAAAAUGGCAGAUGUCAAAAGGGAAGUGUGAAUUUUUGUUUCCUCUUAUCAACUUCCAUGUAUUUAGGUUAAAAAUGAAGAAAUUGCUUGAGAAAUAGUAAUGCACAGGAAUAGGAUGUCAUGAUGAUAAACCUGCACUUGAUGUGUGCUGAAUGCAGCCCAAUGCCAGAUUUGACUAUUUUUUUUCUUUCCAUUUUCUUUUUAAUUCUAUGUAGUGCGCUUUUAUUUCUGUAGGUAUUUUCUCUCCAGAUAGGACAAAGUUUUGUUUUGUUUUGUUUUGUUUUGUUUUGUUUUCUUUCCUCAUGGAUGCACUGAUAAUAUUUUAAAUGCUCUAUUUUAAAUCUCCAGAACCUUUUCAUUUGGGGCUUCUGUUAGACAUUUAUUCCCCUUUAGCAAAUAUGAACAUAGGGUGGAGGGAAGGGAACAGGGGAAAUGUCAGCACCAUGGGUGGUUAGGGCAGCAUUUUCUGUGUGUUAAGCAGCAAUACAAUUGUAUGGUUGGCAUAUUUUUUUUAAUGGAACAUAAGAACAGCUGUUUUGUAUUUUGGUGACCGAUUACUCUGUAUAUUAUCACAUUGUAUGACUGUUUUUGUGGUGCUCUAGUGGUAAAUAAAUUAUUUCAAUUGUA